AUGCUGACUAGACGUGGGGCCCACCUGUCACACCAUCAUCUUCCCCCUCUCUUCUUCCUCCUCUACCUAGCUUCUGAGCGCCGGCGGCGCGCCAGGGUCCGUCUGCAGGGCGAGGUGCACGCGGCCGCGGCGCCGGCCAAGAUGGUGCCGGUGACUCUCGACCCCAUCGGCCUGCGCCCGUGCCGGCGACGCGCGCCACCACAGCCAGCACCGCCGACCGGAUCGAGGCCAGCGCCGCCUCCCAGCGCUUCGUCGCCGGCUCGGGGGUCUUCCUCCCGCAGCAGCGUUCACGGAGGAAGUAGUGGAGACGGCGAAGCUGGCACCCUCCUCCAGUUGAUGUUGCACCUGCACUGUGGCGCCGGCAUGUCGUCAAGGGCGAGCCAACUUCUGGCGCGCCGAGGGCCUCGCGUGACCGCCGUUCGCGCCGUCCUGCUGCGCCCCAUUAUGCCCGCGUCAGCACCACCGAGCUGGCGCCGUUCUCAGCCAUGCGCGCGUGUGCACUGUGCAGCAGCAGCAUCACCUCGCGGCGGACGCAAGCUGCCCAAAGCGCUCUCCCUCGUCUGCGCACACGCGAGCAGCAGGCCAACGACCUACGUGUAUGUUCGCGCAUCCAGGCAGCAGCAAAGCUACAACGGCGCACGGCACCAACGCUCGCGCGCGGCAGCAGCGCCGCCCGGCCGAGCCGCGGCCUCGGCCAAGCCGUGCGACGCCAAGGGGCUGGGGAGCAAGCUGCAGGCAACACCGCGCGGCAGCACCGCCUGGGUCGUGCCCGCCGGCCGCGUCAUGCCGCUCGCCCGCCUCGCCCUGCACUUGCGCAUCACCAUCGACGCCGCUCGCUGCACCCCCGCUCGCACCGGCGCCACCUUUGGAUCGCCGGCCCCGGCUGCUGCACGUGCUUGGCGCGUCCGGCUUCCACGCCACACCAGUGCCUCCGUCUCGUCAUCCUCACGGACGCGCUUCCUGCUCGUCACCUCCUUCGAAGAGGUACUGGCGGUCGACGCGUCCGACGAGCUUGAGUCCCCCUCCGAUGAGUGGAUUCCGAGGGCUUCGAACCCAGGGGUUUCAGCAAGUUCGUCAACCACCUGCUCGUCCUCCGCGCGCGGCCACGUACCUCUGGACAAGUGCGAGAUCAGGGCCUACCGCUCCAAGGUCGACUACCUGAAUUACGACGAGGACGAUGAUGAUCCUUACCCGUACGCCAAUUUGUGGAUCCAGUAUGCUCUACUCUGCAAGGUUCGGACGCUUCAUGUCAUCGCCGGUAAUAUCCGCAAUUUAGACCUCACCGUGCCUCUCGCCUCCCAGCGCCUGACGACGCUAAAUCUGUAUGAUGUCGACCUAGAAUUGUGCAGUGCACUUGUUGACUCCGAACCGUGCCUUGAUUUCUCGAGCUGUCCAUUGCUGGAGGAUCUCAAGAUGGAUCAUUGCAGUAUGGCGGUGCACAGGAUCUCCUCCAGAUCGCUAAAGCGGCUGCGGCUCACAUGGUACUGUGCCUUUGCUGCCUGUUCUUGUGGCCCCCGCACUGAAAUCUGUGCUCCAAGUCUUGUUUCGCUGCAGCUUAGCGAUUUCAUUCAGGAUACUCCUGUGCUUGAAAGCAUGCCGCUGCUAGAGACAGCAUUCGUGAGGCUUAAUGAUGACUGUGGUGAUACUUGUGACGUUACCGAUCCUAGGGUACAGAAUUGUGGUAAUCAAGACUGUCAAGGUUGCUAUGGUUACCCUGUUGGUCAUUGUCGGAGUGUGCUUCUGAAUGGCUUGUCAAAUGCUAUCCAUCUGGAGUUGAUAGCUCACUCUAAAGUGUUUAUCUACAGAAGAGAUUUGGAAUACUGCCCCAUAUUUGGCAAUUUAAAAACUCUGUUACUAAAUGAGUGGUGUGCAGCUGUUGACCCAAGUGCACUAGUUUGCAUUCUCCAGCACUCGCCUAUUCUUGAGAAGCUCACUCUACAGCUUCAUAAGGAUAAGCGGCACCACUUCAAUGCAGCAGGGGCCAAAGGAAACCAUGAUCUGACAGAAUCAUUUACAUGUCCUCACCUUAAGGUGGUAAUCAUUGAAUUCCCUCGCAAAAUGAACAAAGAGAUCAAUGAGAGGGCUCAUGAAAUCUUGAAGAGGUUGAGUAUGUGCGGCAUAGGUCCUGAGAAAUUUACCUUCAAGCCCAUACGAUCAAAACAUUGUCUCUUCAGCUGGGAGAGGUCAUUAGACACCACACAUUCGUCCACUCACGAUGAUUCCUAUCCCUACAUCCACCGAUGACGGCCAAGAUCGAUGUGUGUUCGCUUGAGCCUCGAGGUGAUGUUGCCCAAAGCGUCUGUGAUGGUGCAUGUUAUUGCUAAGGAUAUUUUAUCUCUUCGGAUCUGUUGCUUGUCUUGAAAUAUGUCCUUGUUGGUCGAUCAUCUGUUACAACUCAGCGAAAGGGUCGAUGGCCAGAGCAUUGCUACAUAGAUUUCUGUUAUCACCAAUAAGGGAAAUGUCGUCAGGACAUUAGUAUUCUCUUAACCUGUUGCUUGCAUUCUAUGACUACCUUUGCUAUAUUUCCUUUCUUUCUUCCAGAUGAAAUGUUGGCCGUUUUUUCCUCAUCGUUGAGUAGAACGUAUCCCCCUUGAGCCCUAUCAUUGCACAUCAUGGGUGCAGUGUGGUAUUACUCUUCCUCUAUGUCGUACAUGUUAGUUUUAAUCAA